UAGAUAGUGAGCAAGAAACAUACCAUGCCCGUCCUAUCUGAAGAUUCAGGUUUGCAUGAGACGCUUGCCCUCCUGACCUCACAGCUGAGGCCUGACUCCAAUCAUAAGGAGGAGAUGGUAUUCCUGAGAGACAUUUUUAGUGAGAGAAGUCUCAGCUGCUUAAUGAAAAUUCAUGAAAAAUUGUGCCAUUAUGAACAACACAGUCCGGUCCCAGUACUGCAUAAUGCCUCUGCUCUUGCUGAAGAUGUGAUAGAAGAAUUGCAGACUGCACCGAUGAAUAAUGAUGAAAAGGAAUUGCUUCAGCUGCUCUCGACUCCCCAUCUCAGGGCGAUGCUUGUUGUGCAUGAUACUGUUGCUCAGAAGAAUUUUGACCCUGUUCUCCCUCCAUUGUUGGAUAAUAUUGACGAUGAUUUUGAUGAAGAAUCAGUGAAAAUAGUUCGUCUAGUAAAGAAUAAAGAACCUCUGGGUGCAACAAUCAGGAGGGAUGAGCACACAGGGGCUGUAAUUGUUGCCCGCAUCAUGAGGGGAGGGGCAGCUGAUCGCAGUGGUCUUGUCCAUGUUGGAGAUGAGCUGCGGGAAGUUAAUGGAAUUGCUGUACUUCAUAAACGACCAGAAGAAAUUAGCCAGAUUCUGGUUCAAUCCCAGGGAUCAAUAACACUAAAAAUUAUUCCAGGCAUCAAAGAAGAAGAUCGUCUGAAGGAUAGCAAGGUGUUCAUGAGAGCCUUUUUCUCCUACAAUCCAAAAGAGGAUAAAGCUAUCCCAUGUCAGGAGGCAGGGCUGCCUUUUCAGAGAAGGCACAUCUUGGAAGUGGUUAGCCAAGAUGACCCAACAUGGUGGCAGGCCAAACGUGUGGGUGACACAAAUCUUCGAGCAGGGCUGAUUCCUUCUAAGCAGUUCCAAGAAAGACGCUUAAUGUAUAGAAGGACCAUCGGUGCAUUGCACAAUUCCAGAAGUAUUACAAAGCCAUACUAUGAUCAGUCUUCUGAGAAAGAAGACUGUGACUGUGAGGGUUACUUCAAUGGACAAUACAUAGCUGGCUUGCGAAGAAGUUUCCGACUGAGCCGAAAGGAGAAGCAGAGUGAUGCAAAUGAAGCCAAACAAAGUGAACAAAACUCCACUCGAGAACUUCUCACAUAUGAGGAAGUCAUCAAAUAUCAACAGCAGCCUGGUGAAAGGAAGAGACUUGUGGUUUUAAUUGGUUCUUUGGGAUCUCGGUUAAAUGAACUCAAGCAGAAAGUAGUGGCAGAAAAUCCACAGGAAUAUGGAGUUGCUGUGCCACAUACCACAAGGACCAAGAAGAGUCAUGAAAAGGAGGGUGUGGAAUACAACUUUGUUUCAAAACAGUCAUUUGAGAUUGAUAUACAGCACAACAAGUUUGUAGAACAUGGAGAAUAUAAGGAGAAUCUUUAUGGGACAAGCCUGGAGGCGAUACAGUCUGUCAUGUCUAAAAAUAAAGUUUGCCUUGUGGAUGUUGUGCCUGAGGCAGUGAAGCAUUUAAGGACAGCAGAAUUCAAGCCCCAUGUUGUCUUUGUAAAGCCUCUUGUCUCUGAAAAGAAAAAGAACACACCAGCCUCUCUGCUGACAGAGGACAUCUUUGUCCCGCUUGAUGAGGAGCAGCAAGAAAUGGUGAACUCAGCAGCCUUCAUUGAGGAACAAUAUGGCCACUUAAUCGAUACUGUCCUGGUAAAGGAAGAUCUCCAGAGUGCCUGCAGCCAAUUGAAAACCAUAUUGGAAAAACUGAACACAGACUGUUUUUGGGUGCCUGUCUCUUGGGUUAAGUCGUAGACAGCCAUAUUAUGCCAAAAAAGAAGAUAAUAAUU